AUGAUUCUGGCGCGGUUGAACCCGCAGGUGCAGCCGCAGAACAGCGGGACGGACCUGGAGUCCGAGCAGCCCCUGAGGGCGCGCAAAGCCGCGGAGCUGCUGGUCUUGAAAGAGCGCAACGGGGUCCAGUGCCUCCUGGCGUCCCGCGGCAGCGACGAGCAGCCCCGGGAGACCUGGGGCAAGAAGAUCGACUUCCUGCUGUCCGUGGUCGGCUUCGCGGUGGACCUGGCCAACGUGUGGCGGUUCCCCUACCUCUGCUACAAGAACGGCGGCGUGUUCUACAUGGAACUGGCUCUGGGCCAGUACAACCGAGAAGGGGCGGCCACAGUGUGGAAGAUCUGCCCAUUCUUCAAAGGAGUUGGCUAUGCCGUGAUCCUCAUCGCCCUGUACGUCGGCUUCUACUACAAUGUCAUCAUCGCCUGGUCGCUCUACUACCUCUUCUCCUCCUUCACCUUCAACCUGCCUUGGACUGACUGUGGCCACGCCUGGAACAGCCCCAACUGCACCGACCCCAAGCUCCUCAACGCCUCCGUGCUGGGCAACCACACCAAGUACUCCAAGUACAAGUUCACACCGGCGGCAGAGUUUUACGAGCGCGGCGUCCUGCACCUUCAUGAGAGCAGCGGGAUCCACGACAUCGGCCUCCCGCAGUGGCAGCUUCUGCUCUGUCUGAUCGCCGUCGUCAUCAUCCUGUUUUUCAGCCUCUGGAAAGGCGUGAAGACGUCAGGAAAGGUGGUGUGGAUCACAGCCACGCUGCCGUACCUCGUGCUGUUCGUGCUCCUGGUCCACGGCAUCACGCUGCCUGGCGCCUCCAACGGCAUCAACGCCUACCUGCACAUCGACUUCCACCGCCUGAAGGAGGCCACGGUAUGGAUCGAUGCUGCCACUCAGAUAUUUUUUUCCUUGGGGGCUGGAUUUGGAGUCUUGAUCGCAUUUGCCAGUUACAACAAAUUUGACAACAACUGCUACAGGGACGCCCUGCUCACCAGCACCAUCAACUGUGUCACCAGCUUCGUGUCCGGGUUCGCCAUCUUCUCCAUCCUCGGUUACAUGGCCCACGAGCACAAGGUCAACAUCGAGGAUGUCGCCACGGAAGGUGCUGGCCUAGUCUUCAUCCUGUACCCAGAAGCCAUCUCCACCUUGUCGGGAUCUACCUUCUGGGCUGUCGUGUUCUUCAUCAUGCUCCUGGCUCUGGGGAUUGACAGCUCAAUGGGAGGCAUGGAGGCGGUCAUCACGGGCCUGGCCGAUGACUUCCAGGUCCUGAAACGACACCGGAAACUCUUCACGUUUGGCGUCACCUUCGGAACCUUCCUGCUGGCCCUGUUUUGCAUAACCAAGGGUGGAAUAUAUGUGGUGACUCUGCUGGACACGUUCGCGGCUGGGACCUCUAUUCUGUUUGCUGUGCUCAUGGAAGCCAUCGGCGUCUCCUGGUUUUACGGUGUGGACAGGUUCAGCAACGACAUCCAGCAGAUGAUGGGGUUCAAGCCGGGCCUGUACUGGAGACUGUGCUGGAAGUUUGUCAGCCCCGCCUUCCUCCUGUUCGUGGUGGUGGUGAGCAUCAUCAACUUCAAGCCACUCACCUAUGAUGACUACAUCUUCCCGCUCUGGGCCAACUGGGUCGGGUGGGGCAUCGCGCUCUCCUCUAUGACCCUGGUACCCGCCUACGUGGUCUACAAGUUCCUCAGCACUCCAGGCUCCCUGCGGGAGAGACUGGCCUAUGGCGUCACGCCCGAGAACGAGCAUCACCUGGUGGCCCAGAGGGAUGUCAGGCAGUUCCAGCUGCAGCACUGGCUGGCCAUCUGA